GUUCAAGAUGAUUUCCUCACCAUGCUGGUUGGGGGCUCUCUGCUGCAUCACGUUGCUCCCAGGUCUUCUGGAGGCCAAAUCUUUGUUGAACAUCAUCCAGCAGGAGGGUAAUGACCUCAGCAUCGACUCAGAGAAAGCAAACGGCUUCCUGACCCACUCCAGGCCCAAACGUAACGUGGACCCUCGGUGGUACAGAGGAAACCCGGACUUCCAGGCUUAUUAUCGCUACUACAGCAGCAUCGGACACACUGAAGGGCUCUAUGAGAUCGAUAAGCUGCGGAUGCUCUACCAGCAGAUGAGGUACCUGGAGCACGCCUACGGCCCCAACGCCUCCUACUACCAGAACAAACUGGGAAUGCCGAUGAUCCCGUGUGACCCGGCCACAGACAAGAAGUGCAAAGUGAUCCUCCCUCCUCCUCCUCCCAUGAAAGGGGUCCCAAAGCCCACAGAGCCCCCAGCAACUCCUCCUCCCUUGGCCCCGUCCAUCUCGCAGGCUGAUGUCCUCUUCCUGUGCAACAAGAAGGACCCCCUCUGUAAGCCCCACAUCGUCUACCUGCCCACCGGCGCCGUACCCGUGCUCUGUGACCCCCGCUACCACCCCAAAUGUGUACCCCAGAAGGCUGCGCCAGAGCCGGUCGCAGUGCCCCCACCUCCUCCGAUGAAGUCUGCCCCACCCCCACCUCCUCCGAUGAAGUCUGCCCCACCUCCACCUCCGCCGGUCCUUGUGAAGAAGUCCCCCCCGGCCCCUAUUCGCAUCUUCAAGGGCAUGGAGUACGACUGCGACCCCUACUGGGACCCCGACUGCCUGAUCGACCACCCACCCAGACCCAUAAAGGGGAAGGUGGUGGUCCCACCGCCGCCGCCACCUCCAGUAGUGGCGGAAAAGCCCGUGGAGGAGCCUGCCCCGCCUGAACCCAUGCCAAAGAAAGUGGCCCUCUUCCCUCACCCCUACUACCACCCCAUGCCCUAUGACCCCCGGGAUGAUCUGUAUGACCCGGUCCGCUUCCAGUACCCUCAGCCCGCUGCCUCAGCAGACGAGCCUGCAGAGGACGGUCAGUGA